CAAAGAAUCGUGGCUCUUUCGGCGUCUCCCCAGAAACCAAAAUAUCUCUAUUAUAAAACCCAAAGCCAGAUCGCGGCCACAGAGAGUAGCAGACAGCUAUGGCAUCUAGGGUUUUGAUCUGCUCUUUGGUCUUCGUUCUGUCUCUCGUCGCUUCAUCCUUUGCCUCUGAAACUGAAGACUCCAAAGAGUUUGUUCUUACUUUGGAUCAUUCCAACUUCUCUGAAACUGUUUCCAAGCACAGCUUCAUCGUCGUGGAAUUCUACGCACCAUGGUGUGGCCAUUGCAAGAAGCUUGCUCCAGAGUAUGAGAAAGCUGCUGCUGCACUGAGUAGUCUUGAUCAACCUGUCACUCUUGCAAAAGUUGAUGCCAAUGAUGAAAAGAACAAAGGACUUGCAAGUGAAUUUGAGAUUAAGGGUUUCCCCACUAUUAAGAUUUUGAGAAAUGGAGGGAAGACCAGUCAAGAUUAUAAGGGGCCUCGGGAUGCUGAAGGCAUUGUUACUUAUUUGAAGCAGCAAAGUGGCCCUGCAUCUGCUGAAAUCAAAUCCACUGAAGAUGCUACUACACUUAUUGAUGGAAAUAAAAUUGUUGUUGUUGGGGUGUUCCCUGAAUUCUCUGGUGAGAAGUUUGAGAAUUUCACAGCUCUAGCUGAGAAAUUGCGGUCUGACUACGAGUUUGGUCACACUUUGGAUGCAAAACUCCUGCCGCGUGGGGAAUCAUCGACUACUGGGCCUACAGUUAGGCUGUUCAAGCCCUUUGAUGAACUUGUCGUUGAUUUCCAGGAUUUUAAAGUUGACAUUUUGGAGAAAUUUAUUGAAGAAGCUAGUGUUCCUACUUUAACUCUCUUUAACAAAGACCCUAGCAAUCACCCUUUCGUUAUUAAAUUCUUCAACAGUCCUAAUGCCAAGGCUAUGCUGUUUCUGAAUUUUAGCAGUGAGCUUGUUGAUGCUUUUAAGUCGAAGUAUCGUGAUGUGGCUGAACAAUACAAGGGGAAGGGCAUAAGUUUUCUAAUUGGUGACAUUGAUGCCAGUCAAGGUGCCUUCCAGUAUUUUGGGGUCAGAGACGACCAGGUGCCUGUCAUCAUCAUACAGAACAAUGAUGGAGAGAAAUAUCUUAAGCCAAAUGUGGAGCCAGACCAAAUUGCAUCAUGGGUGAAGGAAUACAAGGAAGGCAAUGUGACUCCGUACAAAAAAUCUGAACCCAUACCUGAAGUAAAUGAUGAUCCUGUCAAGGUGGUGGUAGCUGAUAGCCUUCAGGACAUAGUUUUCAACUCUGGGAAAAAUGUUCUGUUGGAAUUUUAUGCACCCUGGUGUGGUCACUGCAAAAAGCUGGCUCCAAUCUUGGAUGAAGUUGCUGCUUCAUAUCAAAAUGAUGCUGACGUUGUUAUUGCUAAGAUUGAUGCUACAGCAAAUGAUAUACCAAAUGACGUGUUUGACGUGAAAGGGUAUCCAACAUUAUACUUUAGGUCAGCAAGUGGAAAUGUCUUGCAGUAUGAAGGAGAUCGCACCAAGGAAGAUAUGAUCGAAUUUGUUAACAAGAAUCGUGACAAAACUGCUAAACAAGAUCCCGGAAAAGAUGAGCUGUAGAGAGAGAGAGUGAGAGAAGGGAUGGCCCUUUCUUGCUGUAAGAGAUAGAGGAUGCAGAUAUGAACACAGUAUGAAAACAUGUAUGGCAGGAAGCGUAAUUAGGCGUUGAAGGCGGGGUGGAUCAGCUCCUCCCAAUACCGUCAUAUUACCCUCGAUAUUCUCUCUUUAUGUUUUUAUUAAUUUCAGUUUAAAAAUCAUAGCUUCUAAUAAAAUGGGACCACUUCCUUUGUCUGGAUAGGGAAGUAGUAGAUUUCAGUUAUGUAUAAGUAGUGAUUCUCAGUUCUGGAGAUUAGUGUUAGCUUAGCUUGCGAUGUAACAGUUUUUGAGAACAUCAUCAACAUCAUCAUCUGUGAGUCAGUAAUCCAGUGUGUUCAAUUAAGCCGCCUUUAAUUUUUUAA